CAUAUCAGCAAUCAAAAGGAGGUGGACAUUUUAUUUAUUUUCUAUUUUUAUUGUUUGGAAUUUAGAAAUGGAGUGGGGAGGUGAUUUUUCUCUUGAUUCUUCGAACUUGGAUUGUUUGUUAAACAUAUUUCCUGGGAAUCUGGAAUUUCAACAGAUACUUGGUGACAUUGAUGAAAAAAUAAAGAAAAAUGCUUCAGGCAUAGAUCAAUGUCUUAAGGAACUACAACUGGAAUUAAAUGAAACUUGUUCUGAUGACUUGCUACAGGACACAACCAAUUAUCUUCAUUGGCUAAAUAACUAUGAUUUCAGUUCAGCCAAACUUUCUUCAACCCCUCAAAGAGAACUAAUCAAAUUCCUCCAAACACUGCAAAGAUUACUGAAGAAUGAACAAAAUCAAGAAGAAAUAAUUCUUCAGUUUCUCCUUGAACUCUCCAGUCAGUGUGGUGUCUUAUUUCCCUGUACUCCAAGUGGAGCAUCUUUUGAAUUUAUAUCCAGAAGUUCCAUUCAUGGUGUUGAAGAUGAUACAGCAGUAGAUGUUCACUGUAUUUGGGAUGAUAUAAGAUUACAUCUUCGACGCUUCUUAGUAAAUCAAUUGCAAAGUAAUCAAGAAACAAAAACUGGUACUUUACAACAUCAACUGCAAUUUAAAACUCAGUGUCUGCAGCAACUGUUAUUUCUUUAUCCUGAAUCUGAAGUUCUAGUCAAGUAUCAAAAAAUGCAGAAUAAAUUGGUUAGUGGUCUUUUGCAGAAAUAUGUUCAGGAUAAGAGUGAUGAAAUUAACUUUGAAAAGAUUGUUCAUAAUUAUAAAAGUUCAAUUCCUGCCUUCUGUGCAAUGAUAAAAGAAGAUUUAUGUAUUUUAAGUGGAAUAACUGAUUCUUCUUCAGCACUGAAAUUUAUUAAUGAAACUUAUUUGGCUACCUUCACUGAAGAAAUUACUAUUCUUCUUGACAUGCUUUGUGAGCUUCAAUUUAAAGAAAAGGCAUUACGUGCUGUAAAGGCAAGCAAGAACUCAAAGAAAAGCAGAGGAAUGAUUCAUGUUGGGGUUGCUGAGGAAUAUUCCAGAAAAGGAAUGAACCAGUGUUUAACAUUACAUCAGCUCAAGUGCCUUUCCCAGCUUAUAAAGUCAUUUUUGUUGAUGGAAGAAAAUAUUGAAGAACUAUCUUCAGGAUUGCUAUUAACAUGUUUUUCUGAGAACAAAAACAUUCAAGGAGUUCUGAAAAAAGCUUGUGUGGAGCUUUUACCAGGGGAAAGUAGAGCAAAUGGAUCCAGUGAGUUUCCUGAACAUAUUCUUCAGAUAAAAAAGUCUACCGUGCUAGAGUUUGGAUGGAGAAAUGUUUUUAAAGACCUGUCCUCUUCAGUAGCACAGAGUCUAAUAAUUGCAGUUGAAGAUUUUUCCAGUAAAAUUCUUGAACAUGAACAAAAUGAACAGUCUUCAGCUACCUAUUAUAUGAUGUGCCUUGUUGAUGUACAAAACACGAAUGAAUCCGGGAGUGUUGUCCAUGAGAAAGAGCAACCAAAACAAAUUUCAAAGUUUUGUUCUGACAUCAUGGAAGAACUUGACAUACUGCUCCCACUGGCUCUGGCAUCCACAGGUGAAUUUCUCCAGGACAUUAGAGCAAACUUUAUAGAGGCUUGCAGCAAAGUGGCAACAGCUGUCCUGACAAGACUGGAAGAGAGAAGUAAAGAUGUCCCUACAAGAGCUCCAGUUCAGAACCUAUUUACUAUUCUCUCCUCAGCAGUACAUGUCUAUCAGCAUUUUAAAAUGUAUCAAAACUUAAUGAAAGUGGCCUGUGAAAAGCCCUUAUUUCUAGCACUUCUCCAGCAGUAUCAAGAACUGAUCAGCAUUCUUCAGUUUCAAGUUACAAAUUAUUGCAUACGAGUUUGUGUUACAAGCAUUUUACAGGAUGCCGAGAGUCAUUACUGGGAUGACAACAAAGCUUUUUAUGAGGGAGAAAGGUGCUCAUUCUCUAUCCAUAUGUGGCAUUAUUUCUGCUGUGCUCUUCAACAUGAUCUAUGGACUAUUCUACCUCCUCUGUUAGCCCAGGAGAUUCUAACAGAAGUGCUGGAAGAAUCAUUAGCACUUUUAGCUUGCAGAUAUUUUCAUGCCCAGCCCAGUUACAAAAGGACACCACAAAUAAGAAGAGAUGUCACAGCAAUCCUGAUGACCUGUGAAAAUAUGCUGUGGUCAGUUUGUGGCUCCAUGCAAGAACUUUUAGGUCCACAUAAAGACAGAAAUCCUCAUAUUUAUAAUAUCCACAGAUACUGCAAUAAUUUACUUGCAGCUGCUCUCAUUUUAACUUCACCACUAGAGAAUCUGUACAAAAUAUUUCAAAGCGUUUUUGAUAACUUGUCUUCAGAUAUUUUGAAGCAAGCUGUUUACCAACCAUUGCACUGGCUAUCUGGCAUAUCAGAGUUUUCCUCUUCUUUGCUAAAGACCCCAUCAGCUGGAGAAAUGACAGCUCAGGGUCAUCUGAAGCUACUCUUAUCCCAGCCAUAUUGUAACUGGAACUUGCUUUUGGGAACACUGCUAUAUCAUGAUUGCCUGUUAGUGAAAAUUUUACUGAGAAGUUGUAAAUCUGAAUUGUCUAAGUGUAAUGAACAAAGUACUUGCCUAGACAUGAAAAGCAACAAGGAAAUUAGUAUAGCUGAAGCACUAUUUACAGUAUUGUCUUAUUGCACUUUAUCUCCCAAAUCUCUUGGUGAUGUCCUUCAGAACUACAUGGAAAAAGAACACAUGUGGGAUUUCUUACAUAAUAUAUCAGUUUCUGGUUGCAGUGAGUCAGAGCCAGAAGUUAUCAAAUGCCUGAAAUUGACUUUGAUUAAUUCAGUUAAAGGAAUAGUGAAGGAGAUAAUCUCCUUGAUGCAUUCAUGGGAAGCAACAAAGAGAUAUGGCAUCUAUCUGCCUAAUAAAACUGUUCCUGAAAGUUUGUUGAAAACAGUUCCAAAGCAAUGGAAUUACAUCUACAGAGGUAUGAAAAGAGAAGAAUCUGGGAAAUGUUUCACAAGACUUGCUGCUCAAGUGGUAUCUAUUGUAAUCGGAAAGUUAUCUUCUAUAAUUGCAAGUUUGCCUUCCCCAAUUAAAUAUUUCUUUUUUCUAUCUGAGAAAAAAACAUCACCAAGGUUUAUUGAAUCAAAGAAAGCUGGUUUUCUUGUCAAGAUUUUGAUUAUAAUUAUAUGUCAGAUAUUUGAGGAUGGAAACAUCACAGAACUUUUAACGGGCACAAUUCUUGACAGAUGGAGCAAAGAAAAGCUCAGUUUAGUAUGCAUAUGUUUGGAAACUAUUAUAGGAAAAAAGAAAAAGAGCCCUAAACAAGUAAUUCAUAACAUUAUUCAAAGCAUUGAACAGGAAAAACCAAACUGGAUUGAAAACCAGUUACUAAAGGCAAGAAAACUGAGCACAGAUUGUACAAUUACUACUGCAAACGAUAGUAGAGGCUUAGAAGAGGAAACCACUGAGCUUGAAUUGACUGAGCAGAAAAUAAACAUGAUGGCCUUGGAUAUCUGCCACAAACCAGGUGGCAGUGAAUACCUGAGGCAAAUUUAUCACAUCAUCCAGCUCAAUGAGGAUUAUUUGCAUGAACAGCUAUCUUACGAGGAAAAUUAUGAAGAAAACACAGCAAGCAUCAGACCUUUACAUCUUAAGUUAAGAAGCAAAGAACAGCCUGGUUUUGACCCUUUCCAGGUGCACCACUGGUACUGCACUAAUGUGUUAAAAAAGUUUACCGUUAAUGAGUGGAAAUGGGAUUGGUCAGAUAUGCUGCCACAUUAUUUGGGACAAAAUAGGAUCGCCUUCGGGAUACUACUAGCACACAGAUGGGAGAUGAAAGAGAAAGAAACUUUGAAAGAGGAAGAAAAAGUGAUGCUAGAGAAAUUACAAAAAUUUUAUCUCACACCACCUUCUCUUGCUUCAGAAGAUAAAGAAUAACAGAAAAUGUGAUAAGAAUAUUUUUUUAGUUAUGUAUUGUUAGUGUCAAAGAAAUAAAUAUUUUUUUGGAAUAAUGGCAUUCCAAAAAAGCACUAUAUAAUUUGUAUACAUUUUAUUUUAUUAGUAUUUUCUUGAGAACAGUUGCAUAUUGUAUUUUAUACAUGUUUUCUCUUACUUAUUUUGUAUGGAUAUUUUUGUCAUAUACAAUAUGACAAAAAUAGAUUUAAUGAUUCUUAAUAUAACAUUAAAUUGUAAAAAUACACCUCCUACCAGAGAAUGUCUAGUACUGUUGAAACAUCCCAAGAGCUAAAGGCUUUAGUAUAUUAUGCACAGCAUAAUAUACUAAAAUCUACAGUAGAAUAGAUGCAUAAUUCUGAUAUAUUACUAUUGAGAAUAUUUUGUAAAACGAAACACUCUUCAGCAUAAAACAUACUUUUACAGGUUUAGCAGCUGACAAUUCAUACGAAGUACCAUAUUUAGCUUGCAAGUCUGCAUAAACUCUCCUGAGAGUAACUCUCAAGGACUUCAGCAAGUUGUAUUUUGGAGAUGUAUAUAAUUGUACUAUAAAACUGUUAUAAGUGCUAUCUUUAGAACACUCAGAAGGCAUAUCUUAAACAUAAAAACCUUUCCUUUGUCUCUUCUAAACUAAAUCUGAGCAAAAUACCACUAUAUGUUCUUUUCUGCAUAUUUUCUAGACAGACACACAUGUCAGAAGUAAGAGUUAUAAAGGUAAGAAUGAUAGAUGAAUCAUAAGCACAGUCACUGUUUCACUUAGCGACUGCUUUGAUUAGUGACCAAGUUGCUGGUCCCAAUUGUGGUUGCUCAACAAGGACUACCUGUAUAGUUACAUUCACACAUGUAACUUCUCUGUUUCUCUGUAUAUAUGUAUGUAUGUAUGUCUCUCCCUCUGUAUUUUUCUCUCUUUUUUUUUAGAGAAGAACACAAAGGAUAAAACUAAAAGGAUAAAAUACCGCAAUCCACCUUUUGAUCAUAUUGAAGAAAUACGCAUUUCAGAAACUACAAGGAUGUACAUCUCAUAAUUGGAGGAAAUUCCUGCUUCUGGACUGUCUUUGUACAAAGCCAGCUAGAUGCAGUUAGACAUACCUUGGCCUUUUGGGUAGAAGAUUUAAAUUUGAUUUUUCUUCUCAUGCGAAAUUGACACUUUGGAGUAAUUCUUAUUUGAAAAUUGCCGGUAAUAUAUUUUUCUGGAAAAUAUGGGCUUGUAACAGAAUCAUAAUCAGCUAUUAAAUAAGAAUAGUUUUAAAACUUUCAAAACCUACAAAAUGAAUAUAAUUUACUUAGAAAGUCUGAACAGCAAUAGAUAGUUAGAACUUUUGCUAUCUACACUGCUCAGCCCGGAUUCCCUUCUGGCCUUAGAAACUGCAGAGUUUUUAAAGUUGUUGAGGAUGGCCUUUGUGGAAACUAAACCAACAAUUUAUUAUUAUAAAAUUAAAGAUUUCAAAUAUAUAUUUGGAUAAUCUCCUGGAAAUUUGGAAUAAUGAAUUGGAGUAUCCUGUAUUACCCAAUCAAAGGCUCCAGGUUUUAAAGAAUACAGGUAGUCCUCAGUUAACAACAGCAAUUGGGACUGGAAUUUCUGUCACUAAGUGACACAGUCCUAAAGUGCUAUGUCAUGUGACCAUGCCUUUUAGUGAUGGAAAUUCCAGCACGUCUGGUUGGUGUCAUUAAGUGAGGACAUCAUGUGGUUGCCGUUUGCAACCUCCUGCUGGCUUCCCCAUUGACUUUGCUUGUAGGAAGUUGGCGAAGAACAUCACAAAUGACGAUCAUGUGACCACGGGAUACUGUGAUGUCAUAAUUGCAAGCUGGGCACCCAGAUUGCAAUCAUGCAACUGGGGAUGCUGCAACCAAUGUAACCCCCAUUCAUUCAGCAUCGUUGUAUGUUUGUAUGGUUGCUGAAUGAGGACCACCUGUGGUUAAUAUGUUUAUUAUGACUUACAAACUCAGCUAGUUCAGAAAAAAAUUCCCUUUAGGGUCUAUUGGACCUCAGAAAAUAUUUAAAAGGUGUUGUCUCUCAUCCUUUUUAAUGCUGGAAAUGUAUAAACUUGAAGGAACUUUGUACAUAUGUAAGGACUUGUCCACUUGUAUUUCCAUAUUGGUUGGAUAUUAUUGCUAUGGUGAACCAGGUUCUUCAAAGGCAGUUAAGGGUUAAAGAAGUCAAUAUUCUAUUAAAUUAUAUCUCAAAAAUCUGGAACCUAUCACUUUAUGAAGAACUUGCAUAUAUUGUGCUUAGACAGUGACAGAAAUGGGAUGAUUGUAUCACCAAUUCUAAAUAUUGGCUGAUUGAAAUUUGUCAACUCUGAGCCUUAGAAUUAGCUUUAUAAUGAUGGAGAGGCAAGACCAGGCAAUAUGAUCCCUAUGGUCUAGGUCAGCCUUUUUCAACCUUUUGGCUCUGGAGGAACCCUUGAAAUAUUAUUCAGGCCUCGGGGAACCCCUGCACAUUCAGGCUCAA